CCUCCCCAGGAACUAUACCGUGUCCUCCCGAUCGUCGGUCCGGAACAGGGAGCAGUACAUAUUUAAUGUUUUUGAAGUGAUCGUGAGCACAUUAGAAACAAAGCUGCAAAGGAUAGAAAAUUUAGACAAGGCUGUGGAGCAUCUCAUGCGAAGGGUGGAAGCGCUAGACUCGAGAGUCAAUGACAAUAUCCACAAAACUGAUGCUAUUAUAUCUAAACUGGGUAACCUAGACCUCAAGCUGUUCAGUCGCCUGGACCAGGACGACGGCGACUCGGUCACCGACAACGUCUAUCGGAAGCAGGACGAGAAGAGGUUCGCCGAUGCCCAGCUGCUCGAUAAGAAGCUGGAGUCGCUCGACCAGAAGGUCUCCGAUAUAGACUCCAAGCUCGUGGGGCUCAAGACCCAAAUAGACAACAACUUCCUCCCCGUCGACGACAUCAACGCCGAGGCGAGCGAGCGCAAGCCCAUCAACCUAAACGUCAUAGAGAUCGCCAAGGGCCUCAACACCGAGGUCGUCACCGAAAUCACAAAGGAGGUCGACAAACUGAGGACGUCCAUGUCGACCGUCGACCGGAAACUACAGUUCCACAUAAACCUCGUGUCGGAGAACCUCGGCAAGGUCCUGUACAUGAUGGCGGACGUCCACGCCGCCAUCGUCGAGCCGGAGGCCGCCUCCAUCAACGUCAACGGCCUCUUCAAGAACCGGACCGUCACCAGCACGCCAGUGCCGUCCGCCAAGGCCAGCAAGAUCGACACCCUCGUGAAGAAGAUUAUACCGAUGAUGAGCGUCUCGGAGAAGAUGGACGAGGUCUGGGACGUGGUUGUAGGCACGAAGAGCUCCGUGGACGACCUGGUGCCCAAAUCCGAUGAGCUGCUGACGCAAACGCAGCGGCAGGAGCGCGCAAUAGGCCAGAUCCACAACGACCUGCGCGUCAAGACUAACCUCAUCAUCGAGAACCUAGACAUGGUGGAGAAAAGGCUGAAGAAGCAGGAGGACGACGUGGCGACGCUGGCGCAGCGCCCCGUGCCGCCCGAGCUGCUGCUGGACCCCACCAUCGACCGCCUGGUGGAGUACGCGCCCACCCGCUACCGCGUGGACGAGCCGCCCACUGAGCCGCCUGCCGCGGCGGCGCCCGUCACCACACCGCCGCCCACCACCACCAGCGGUAGCAGCCCGUCGCCGAGUGGGGUGACGACGCCGGGUGUGACGGGCGCGACCGGGGUGACAGCGGCCCCCAACGCCACUCGCGCCACCACGCGCAAGGGCGGCAUCAUCUUCCCCAGCGUGAAAAACAAGCCCAUCGUCGGCAACAACACCUUCGCCUCCGAGAUCGUGGCCAACUACAAGGACGUCAAAGGCUACUCGUGCGUGGACCUCCUGAACGCUGGUAUGCGUGACUCCGGGGUCUACUACCUUCAGAUCCGCGGCACCACCUACUGGUUCCUCAAGGUCUACUGCGAGCAGGGCAUCGCUGAUGGCGGCUGGACUGUGAUCCACCGUCGCGACGACUUUGGUGUACCGGCGGAGAACUUCAACCGAGACUGGAGCGACUACAAGAACGGCUUCGGAGAUCCCAGCCGCGAGUUCUGGCUCGGCAACGAGAACAUCUACAUGCUCACCAACAACGAUGACUACAUGCUGCGAGUGGAACUGGAGGACUUCGACGGCAAUAAAAGGUACGCUCAAUACUCGCACUUCAAGAUCUACUCAGAAGGAGAGUACUACAAACUGGAGAUAGACGGGUAUGAGGGCACAGCCGGUGACUCCCUCAACGACCCCUGGUACGGCUCCAACAACAGCCCCUUCUCAACUUACAACAGGGACAACGACCGGUCUUCGCUGAACUGCGCGUCUAUGCUGAAGGGUGGCUGGUGGUGGAAGUCAUGCGGCCGCGGCCUCAACGGCCUCUACCUGCACGACCCACAGGACCUCACCGCCAGACAAGGGAUCGUGUGGUUCCGCUGGCGAGGUUGGGACUACACGCUGAAGCGCGCGUCCAUGAUGAUCAAGCCGAAGGGGCUGCAGCCGGGCGCGUGAGCCCCUGUUCCCGCCCUGCCCCCACACCCCCGCAACACCCGACUACCCAGCCUCUGUUCGAUUUGUCAGGGUCAGUUUACAGCCAGACGCGAUGCGACACCGAUGAAACGACGCUUGAUGAGUUAGAGCAGCAGAGAUUGGACGCUGUUGACAUUAUCGCAUCGCAUCUAGGUGUGAACUGACCCUCGCGGAACUCAUUCGUACCCUGUAAAAAGCAUUCGAAUUUACCGAUUCCCGUUUAGAUUUUAGGGGUUUUUGUAUAUAACUGCACACGUUAGGGGCGGAUUUACCGAUUUUCGGGGAUGUAAGUCCGUCCAGGGGCCCAAUUGUCCUAGCUCGAAUCUCGGUUUGUAAGGCUGUCCCAUAAUGUUGUGUUUAGUCAAAUUACAUUCGAUAAUUUUGCCAGAGUAAUAAUAUGAUAUGGAGCUCAAACUCCAUUUUUCGAAAUCGAUUACCUACUUAACUUCCGAUCGUCCGAGGAUCGGAGCUAAGAAAAUCGGGCCCCAACAGCCGGUGCGACUUCGAACAUAGAAGGCAGCUGGUCGACGCAAUUCGGUUGAAAAUUCCGUUCAUGACAAUUAGAGUAAGAGCCAGCGGCAGCCAGACCUUCUUCAUAUUUUAUAAAA